CGCCUGUGUUUUGCGGCUUCCCAUUGGAGCACGAACACUGGGACCUGGCUCACAGACACCGUCAGUGAUUCAAGGUGCGUCAACGUGAGCGAGGCCGAGCCGAGUCCGCAAGCAGUCGCUGUCAUUCCUGCACCUCUGGACUUAUCCCCCCCCUCCCCACCUACACCGAGGACCGGCGCACUGUGGUGAAAGCUCUCCCCCGGUUCGCAAGAGGGGAAACGCCGCUGCCCCGUCGCUCUGACAUCGACCUUUACCACCGGAAACCCGUUAGCUUGGGCAGCUAACGCGAGCUAGCUCAGUUAGCAGUUACAUAGCGUCGUUUUUCCUCCCAUGCAGCUGACCUCCACCACAUCACAGCCGAGUAGCAUUCGCUUGCUAGGUUGGGGGGGUCGUCGUCACUCCCCCACCCACCCACCCACCCCUCUCUCCCCGCUGUUUCCCCACGUCCGUCCCCCGUGUGGUGUCCCGUGGACGGCUCUCGAAUAUGAUCCACAAUGAGUCAACGAGAUACUUUAGUUCAUCUGUUUGCUGGAGGAUGUGGGGGCACGGUAGGAGCCAUAUUAACUUGCCCCCUAGAAGUAGUGAAGACACGUCUGCAGUCAUCUUCCAUCACACACUACGUGUCUGAGGUUCAUCUCAAUACUGUCAACGGGGCCAGUGUGGCCCGCAUGACCCCUCCAGGGCCCCUGCACUGUCUCAAAUUGAUACUGGAGAAAGAAGGACCUCGCUCACUCUUCAGGGGCUUGGGGCCAAACUUGGUGGGUGUGGCACCUUCCAGAGCAAUCUACUUUGCUGCUUACUCUACUGCCAAAGAGAAAUUGAACGGUGUGUUGGAACCUGACUCCACACAGGUACACAUGGUGUCGGCUGGAAUGGCAGGUUUUACAGCUAUCACAGCAACCAAUCCAAUAUGGUUGAUAAAGACCCGCCUACAACUGGAUGCGAGGAAUCGAGGUGAGCACAAGAUGAGUGCGUUUGAGUGUGUGCGGCGGGUGUAUCAGACAGACGGCCUGCGAGGCUUCUACAGGGGAAUGUCUGCAUCCUAUGCCGGCAUCUCAGAGACUGUGAUCCACUUUGUGAUUUAUGAAAACAUCAAACGACGCCUCUUGGAGGCAAAGGCAACGCAAAACAUGGACGACGAGGAGGAGACAUCUAAAGAUGCCUCAGACUUUGUGGGAAUGAUGCUUGCUGCCGCCACCUCCAAGACCUGUGCCACAACUAUCGCUUAUCCUCAUGAAGUGAUCCGGACAAGGCUACGUGAGGAGGGCACCAAGUAUCGCUCUUUCUUCCAGACUCUAACGACAGUGCCCAAAGAGGAGGGCUACCGUGCCCUGUACCGCGGCCUCUUCACUCACCUGGUACGACAGAUCCCCAACACCGCCAUCAUGAUGUGCACCUACGAGUUGGUGGUCUACCUCCUGAACGGUUAAACCACCCCCCCCACACCUAAACCUUUAAGACAGUAUAUGUAACCCUGCCCUUGUUCGGAGAUGGAGAAAAGAAAACGAGCGCAACUGUACACCAGUUAGCACAACCACCUCACCAGAAGAGGACGGGGCGGCGUCAUGACGACCAUCGUCUCAGUGAUGCAAGCGGGUUGUUAAAAAAUAAGUUGGGAGCAUUGUUGUAUAACCAAAGGGUCUGGCACAAGGAGGAGGAUUGAAAAGAUCCUUGCAUUGGUUUGGGGAAUCUUGGUUUAAUUGGCAAACAAACAGUUUCCCUAUUUUUAUUUUUAUUCCAUCCUUUUCUCCCUUUGCUUACAUUUAUGUUGCCUGUGCAAGCUCAGACUACCUAAGAAAGCACCAGUUACAUUGUAUUCUGCAUCAAAUUAUGAACGAGAAUACAGUAAUUCUUAGGAAAUAGAGAAUGCAAGUUCUGCAGUGGUGAUCAGAUGUUAAAAUAACCAUAUUUCCUGCAUUCCUAGAAGCCCAGAAUACAGAAAUGCCCAGACUCAGGAGCGGGUUCUAAAGGUUAGAGUAGUGAGUGAGAACAAGGAGAAAUCAGUGCUUUGGCUUGUUGAGGAAACUGAGGAGAAAAGGGCGGAGUAACGGAGGGAGGCGAAUGGGAGAUGUGCCUUGUGUGAUGACAGGACUUAGACCAUGAUGCACGGCGGCGGUAGGAGGAGGCGGAGCUCUGGUUGACCUGUUACUGAGGAUGUAGAAAUGUAGUUGUACACUGGUAUUGUGAGAUUUUGGGUGUUCUUUUACAUAUCGUGAGCUUAACACUGGUGGUGAUAUCCGCAUGAUGCAGGACUUUACAUAUGUCUGCUGCUCGUUACACUACAAACAUGAUGGAUCUCUAUUACAAGUCUGCUUAAUGACAUUGACCAAUGAACCUGUAGAGGUGUGUGGGAGAAGAGUGCUCAUUAAGGUUUGUUAGAUGAUAGAAAAUCACCAAACUAAACCAGAAUUUAAUCCACUAUUCUAACUACUGGAAUAUAAAUAAGACACUGACCCAUAUUGUGAAUUUAAAAGAAGAAUAUAAUUAACACAUUUUAACUAAUGUAAUGUUCAUGGAUGCAAACAAGAGUGUUUGUUCUUAUUGCACUUUUCAAUGUCUUUCUCUAGUAUCUUCAUCUCAUUUUGUUAAGUUUCUUGACCAGUUCAGUUUUCCAGGCGAGGACAAUCCUCAAGAGUUUUGUUCUGGAAAAUGUGUAGAGUUUAAACCAGCAUGUGAAGGAAGUUGCCAGUAAUGUUCUUAUAAAUACACAUUAAUUAAAUGCAGACCAGUUUUAAAAAAACAAAUAAAACAACAGUAACUGUUAUUUUGAUUCCUUCCUGUUGUUAAGUUGUCAUGUAAGGAAACAAUCACUGCAUUUCAACUGUUUAAAAACACGGAACAGCUUUUAUUUUGUGUAAUGUGUAUGUGGAUGUCCUCAUGGAAUGGAAAGGUGCUUGCGCUCUGCUUUUUUUCAGGUCAUGUUUUCAAACUUACUCAACUGACAGAAGUUGUGAUUUGAUCACAGAAUACAUUUUCCCUUAGUGGUUACAUGACACGAGAGCCCAGCCUGUUGACGACUUAAUGCUGUGGUUAUCUUUUCGUGUAUAAAAACUUUGAUUCAUAGCAUAUCCUAACAGUUCACUGCUUCAUAGCUCAGCUCGCUGGUGUGCAGCAGUAAGGGUAUAUCUGGUGUAAACCUGCAGCUCGGCUAUGCUCACUCUCUCAGUGCCUGUUGUGCUUGAGAUUGCAGCCACAGCCUCACUGUUUUUCCCCAGAUGCUUUCCUCCAGUAAAAGAACUGGUGUGAUCCUCAAUGUGAACAUUGAACAGUUUUACAGCACACGUGAAGGAUGCAUUAGAUUAGCCUCAUUGUACAAAUCUUAGCAGAGGUGUGUUCAUGUUUGCAGACAGUGCCAUCAACGCACACUAUUGUCGUAGUAAGAUGUGAGUCCAGCUUUGACUUCUUUGCUGCUAGUAGUUACUGGACGUUUGUGUAUCACUGUGCUGGCUACACUCCUAUUGAUUUAAAACAGGACAGAUAGUGUGAGUUGAUGAAGUGGUCAGUUUACCCAAAUAACGACAAAACAUUCUCUUGUGUUUUAGCCCUACUGAUAGUUUUAUAUUUAUUUUUCCAGGUUAUGGGAUAUCACUGCUGUUAGACUCAAACAAGAACCCAUUCAGUUUUGUUGUAUCGAUGCAGAGAUCAGCAAAAAAAUGCCAGAGGUCAAAGGGAAAAUCUGAUUUGCUUCUAUUAAUUUAUUUUUACUCCUUACUUGGGUGAACUGACCCUUUUAAACUGUAAAUUUCUAUGCAUCUCUUUCCCUCAAAUCAGUGUUGGUUAUUUGUCAGCGGAUGCGUUCUUCCCUGCAUUCUACACUUAUUCUGUUGCACCCAUUCUUUUGCAUUGUCUGGUGACUGUGUGUGAGUUUGAGUGUGUGCGUGCACGCUUAACUGACAAUCGCAUGUCACUCAGUCGUGUCGUUUGUGUAAGAGACCAUAGAAGUAUGUAUGCACUCAGAAGAAAAACUGCAAACAGUGUUGUUUUUAUCUCUAUAAAUAAAUCGUUGCCUUUUCUUGUC